CGUGAUGUGAUAGCCCUACAUUAGCCUACACACUUUAAGGUCUUACCCCUUUUUGCUGCCUGUAAUAUCUGACAGGCGCUUAGAACGCGUGCCGCCUCUCCACUAUCGAGAGAGGACGUUUUAUCUUUAGGACUCUUCACUGUAUCCACCUGAGCCACUUAUCUUUCAGUGGGAAGCCAACGAAUGAGGUUAUACACACAUCAGCAUCACCGCAGGUGUAUCCGCAGCAGCACUUUGGAAUCUACACAUUUCACCGCAUCAACUCCAUACUUGUGCGCACGUAUGAUAGGGGGUGUUGGUGGCCUAUGAAUGGGGCUGAGCGUGCACCCCACCACCACACCUGCCUCUGCACCCGUGGGGACUAUGCGUUGCACAACCCUGAAUGCACUAGCCGGUGGUUUGCGAGAACAGGGAAGGGGGCGGAACGUCGGCAGGGGGUCAAGGGGGGCUCAGCAUGCCCCCUCCCUUCCGCAUCGCUGUGCUGGGGGCGCAGGGUGUGGGCAAGACUGCCAUCGUGCAGCGCUUCCUCCACGAUGACUACAGCGAGGAGCCUGUCCCGGCAACCAGCCGUGCCCGCCAGGUCCACCUGUCGGCUGCCGUGCUCAAUGGCCACGUGCACAACUUGCAGAUCACCGACUAUCCUGCAAUCACCAGCUUCCCCUGCAGCUCACUGCAGACAUUUUUAUUCUCCUUUCUUCACUUUUCUAUCUUCUUCCCCCCCUCCCUCCUCCAGGAGUGGACAGACACCUGCUGCAGAGGAAUCCGCAGCGCUCACGUCUACAUCCUGGUCUAUGACAUCUGCUGCUUCGACAGCUUUGAAUACGUCAAGACAAUGCGCCAGCAGAUCCUAGAGACCAGGGUGGUGGGCACAGGCGACACGCCCAUCCUGAUUGUGGGAAACAAACGGGACCUGCAGUGGGGGCGUGUCUUCCCCCGCCAUAACGUGUCCGACCUGGUUAGGAAGAACUGGAAGUGCGGCUACGUGGAGUGUUCAGCUAAGUACAACUGGCACGUGCUGCUGCUGUUCGGGGAGGCUAUGCGCAGUGUGGUCUGUGCCCGCUGCAAACACGUCCAUGCCACCAUUCGCUUUCAACGGGCACUGAGGAACGAACGCUGCGCCCUCAUGUGAUUUACUCAGUGACGAGGGACGGGCACCGGAGUGGCAUUGAGGGCCAUUGGUACAGAAAACCUCAUUAGGAACAGCUGAGAAUUAUUGAUGAUCACUGUGACUGACUACCAUGAGUGACCACGUUUCUGCCCAAUGUGAAACUACAGUAUUAAACACCCCUCUGUUUUGCUGCUGAUACAUGACGACAUACAGUGGGGCAAAAAAGUAUUUAGUCAGCCACCAAUUGUGCAAG